AAAUAAAAAGCGAACACCUCAACGUAGUUCCGCCUUAGUCUGCUGAAUACACGAUGGAAAUGACGUCCUAACUUUUGGGUCAAUUUUUCGUUUUCUUUCGGCCAUGGCUAAUCGUUUUAGACAAUUUCGUUUGCUGCUGUGGAAAAACUUCAUUUUGCAGGUUCGUCGGCCGAUAGGAACAGUAUUCGAGCUCUUAUUGCCCGUUCUUCUCAUAGGAGUUUUAAUCCUACCAAAGUUGUUCAUAAAGACAGAAGACUUCUGUUUCAGCACUUUUGAACCAUUACCAUCAAAAAAUAUACCAGCAGGAAUUGUAAACAGUUUAAUUAACGAAGAUGCCAGGAAGGAUCUUUACCGAAAUCCACCCAAGAAUUUAAGUUUAAGUAACAGCACAGCAGUGACAGCCUUCCUGAGGAAGAAAGUGGAAAACAAGACGUAUCUUGCCUAUUAUCCGACAUCCCCUCCAGUGAGAAAAGUCAUGAACAGAGUGGCAAGCAUCACUGGGUUAAAGGUUGUCCACAACAGCAUAUUCCACAAGAAGAACUGGUCUUCUGCUGAAGAACUGGCUGAUGAAGCCUCACAGCAUGAGGAAUACUAUGCAGUUGUGGACUUUAAAAUCAGCAAAGAUGCCACAGAACUUCCUAAACAGAUCAAGUAUAGCCUACGAUUUUCACAUACUAUUAGUGGCAGCCGGAAAAGCUGGAGGACAGAAAAUACCUACCCAAACUUUCAGGCUGUAGGACCCAGGGUAGAUGAAGAUGGUCAAUGUUGUAAAGGAUAUUCAUCACAUUUUGUGCUGGUACAGUAUGCAGUUGAUAUGGCUAUUAUUCAAGAACAGGCAAACCUAAGUCAACAAAUUCCACUCAAACUGCAGCAAUUUCCCUAUCCAAAGUACACUGAGAACUUCUUCAUAGCAACAGUGGAGGGACUCCUCCCCCUGCUCAUGACUCUAGCUUUCAUGUAUUCUGCCAUGAGUGUUAUAAAGGAGCUAGUUUUUGAGAAGAACCAGCGUUUGAAAGAGUCCAUGAAAAUGAUGGGACUUGCAAACUGGAUCCACUGGCUUGCUUGGUUCACCAAAGACCUCUUGUUUCUGCUUAUAUCAAUAAUUAUAGCCACAGUCUUCUUGAAGGGAUUUAAAAUUUUUGAGUUCUCCGAUGGCUUACUUAUCUUCGUAUUUCUUCUACUGUACAUGAUAGCAAGCAUUAUGUUCUGUUUUGCAUUGAGUGUUUUCUUCUCAAGACCAACUGUGGCCAUGCUGUUUGGCGCAGUAGCCUGGUAUUGUACUCUGGUUCCUUAUCAGACGUUUGCUCAGCAAGAGGCAUAUGAGGCUUUGUCAAGGUCUGAGAAGGCUGCUGCUUGCCUUUUGCCAAACACUUGCCUUGGAAUUGCAACCCGCAUCAUUGCCAAAUUUGAGAUUAGAGAGGUGGGACUGACCUGGAGCCGAGUAUCUGAAUCUCCUGACCCUGAUGAUGACUUCAGCUUCGAUAUGGUUCUAGGAAUGCUUAUAAUUCAGAGUCUUAUCUUUGGAGUAAUCACCUGGUAUGUUGAGGCUGUAUUUCCUGGUAGUUAUGGAAUCCCCAAACCUUUUUACUUCCCCUUCACAAAGUCCUACUGGUGUGGAGUUUCCAGUGACAAAGUUGUUCAAGUAGGAGCUGAACAGGAAUUAAAUACAGUGGACAAGCAUUCUGAUAAUCCAGCCAUUGAAAAGGAAACACAUGACUUGCCUAUUGGUGUGGGAAUAAAAGAUCUUAGGAAAGUGUUCAAGGGCUCAAAAGGGUCCAAGGUUGCUGUGGAUGGACUCAGCCUGAACAUAUAUAAAGGUCAGAUUACAGCACUGCUUGGCCACAAUGGAGCAGGAAAGACCACUACCAUGUCUAUCCUAACUGGGCUCUUUCCACCCUCUGCUGGUUCUGCCCAUAUCAACGGCAAAAGUAUUCUCACUGACAUGGAGGGUAUCCGCGAGAGUUUGGGACUCUGUCCUCAACAUAAUGUUCUUUUUGACAGGCUGACAGUUAAAGAACAUCUGACAUUCUUCAUCAACUUGAAGGGAACAUUUGGGCAAGAAGCUGAGAUUGAAGUGCUUCAGAUGAUCAAUGACAUUCAGCUGACUGACAAAUUAAACUGGGCCUCCUCUAAGCUGUCUGGUGGGAUGAAACGGAAACUGUGCUGUGCUAUUGCACUAAUUGGAGGUUCACAAACUGUGUUCUUGGAUGAGCCCACCUCAGGAAUGGACCCAUAUGCCAGAAGAGGAACAUGGGACCUGCUGCUGAAGCACAAAGCAGGAAAGACCAUCAUUUUGACAACUCACUUCAUGGAUGAAGCUGAUUUCCUUGGAGACCGAAUUGCCAUCAUGGCAGAUGGGCAACUUCGAUGUUGUGGCAGUUCUUUGUUUCUCAAGGGCAGGUAUGGUGUUGGAUAUCACUUGACACUUGUGAAGAAAGAAAACUGCAAUGAGAAUGCAGUGACGAGCUUGAUUAUCAACCAUGUGCCCAGUGCACAGCUGCUCAGUAGUGUUGGUGCUGAAAUGGAGUUUGUCUUGAGCAGUGAACACUCCAGUGGGUUUGAAGCGCUCUUUCAAGAAAUAGAAAAUAAGAUGGACGAGUAUGGAAUAACCAGUUUUGGAGUGUCGGUUACAACCCUUGAGGAAGUCUUCAUGAAGGUUGGAGAAGGAGCAGAAAAAACCGUGGACAAUCUAGCCCACGAACACGAGAUUGCUGUUGAAGAAACAGAGGAGAUUGUGGAGGUGGCUAAUGAGGAAAAUAUUUCAAACAAAGAGCUUGAAACUGGGUUUCGACUGAAGUGGAAUCAAUACAGAGCAAUGUUCAUGAAGAGGUUUCUGAACUCCAAACGCGACAAGAAAGCAAUUAUUACACAACUUGUUCUUCCCAUCAUUAUGGUUGUAUUUGGUUUGUUGCUGAUCACUACGAUUCCCACAAGAGAGAACGACCCACCUCGUGUUCUUAAGCUGUCUAACUUGAGCGUGGACGGUGUCCAUACCAAAGCUUUUUUUGCCGACUACAGAAACAUGAGUUCUAGUAAAAAGACCGCGACGUUUGAGAAAGCCAAAACCUACCUCAACGACAUUAAAGUUGAUGCGACUGACAUCACGUCCAAAGUUUAUUACAUUCGAGACGGCAACAAGGACUAUGGCGUAUUUGUCAGGAAUAAGAGCUUCGCCAAAGUUGAUAAGGACGCAAAAUCCUGCUGUAACUUUGAGUAUUAUGUUCUCAAUGACAAGUGCAAAGCUAAGUUUAUCAGCAAGGACUUAGUCCCAGGCAAUUGUACAGAUUACACCUUUGGCUACAAUGACUGCCCGAAAUGCAUCCAAGCUAAAUUACCUGGCGAAAGAAUUGGUGGCGAGAAGGGGGACAAAGAGUGCUCCGCAGUGGGUUGCCCAGGCACAGAUCUGACAGACAUCAACACCUACUUCUCUGAGUACGUCCUGGAAGACAGCAAUGCCAAUGAUUACUUUAAUAUUUACGUGGCUGGAUUUUCCUUAGCCCCAAUGCCGCCUGCUAUGAGCCUGCCGUACAAUAUGACUAAUAGCAGCGGUAUGACUAACAAGACUCUUGGAGGAGCAGAUAAGGACAAGGAAGCGGCUGUUACUACAGUUUGGUACAGUAAUGAGGGAUUCCACACCAUAGCAGAAGCACUGAGUGCCAUGAGUAACAUACUGUUGGUUGAUCAAACAGGAGACUCGUCGUACAGUAUUGAGACUACAAACUACCCUCUACCAAACAGUGUCAACAACAAGGCUGACAACGUUACAUCAGACUUCUCUGCACUUCUCCUUGCCAUAUUUCUCGCACUAGGAAUGGCUUACAUGGCUGCAAGCUUUGUUACAUUCAUUGUACAGGAAAGAGUGUCAAAGGCAAAACACCUCCAGUUUGUCAGUGGAGUUGAUACACUCAGCUAUUGGCUUGCUACAUACACCUGGGACUUCAUCAAUUAUCUAGUCCCCGCUAUUGUGAUUCUCAUUUUAUUCGCUGCAUUCCAAGUGGAUUCUUACAAGGAUGAGAUGGGAAUCGUCUUCUUGUUGCUGCUGCUGUUUGGUUUGUGUGUUCUGCCCUUCGUCUACUGCCUUUCGUUCAUUUUCACUUCUCCAGUUGUGGGUUACGCACUCACAGUCUUCUUGCUCUCCAUUCUCAGUCUGGCAAUGUUGAUCACAGUGUUUGUCCUACAAAUACCGAGUGUUGGGUAUGAAGAUGAAGCCGAGAUUUGUCACUACAUCUUUAUGUUGGUUCCCACCUACACGCUUGCUUACGGCUUUGUGGAUCUCAACAAGAAUUACGGGUACAGAAAAGUCUGCAACGAAUCGCCUGAGGCGAAACUGAGGUGUGACUUGGUAGGGAUUAAGUACACAGACCAUGGUCUCACUUUGGAACGCCCGGGCAUCGGACAGAUGGUUCUGUACAUGUUUGUGGAAGCCGUUGUUUUGUUCAUUUUGGUUCUGCUGAUCGAGGUGAAGUUCUUCCUUGGUGGUUUCAGCAGAAAUUCUGGUGGAGCUGAUGGAACAGAACGCCGAAGCAAUGAGGACGAGGAUGUUUUCAACGAGCGUAACCGUGUUUCCAUGCUGAAACCUGAAGAAAUCGACGGAGAGGCUGUUGUGUUGAAAGACCUUACCAAGGUGUAUGGUGGCACAAACGUUACUGCUGUGGAUCAUCUGUGCCUGGGAAUUCCUAAAGGCGAAUGUUUUGGUUUGCUUGGAAUAAAUGGUGCUGGAAAGACCACCACAUUUAGCAUGCUAACUGGAGAUUUAAGCAUUUCACAAGGCACGGCUUACAUGGAUGGAUAUAACAUUUUGACGAAUUUACGACAGGUUCAGCAAAGGAUUGGCUAUUGUCCUCAGUUUGACGCCCUUAUUGAACGUCUAACCGGUCGCGAAAUGCUGACGAUGUACGCUCAUCUCCGAGGCGUUCCAUCAAAUAAAGUAAAGGACUUGGUGUCGUCCACAAUCAAACACCUGAAUCUCACCAAUUGGGCAGAUAAACUGUGUGGAGACUACAGUGGCGGGAACAAACGAAAACUCAGUACUGCUAUCGCGUUGGUUGGAAAUCCUCCCAUUGUAUUUUUGGACGAGCCCACCACAGGUAUGGACCCUGUUGCUCGCCGUUUUCUGUGGGAUUCAUUGAUGCAGGUGAUGAAAGGAGGCCGAUCAAUUGUACUCACUUCUCACAGCAUGGAAGAAUGCGAGGCCCUGUGCACAAGGCUUGCCAUCAUGGUGAACGGACAGUUUAAGUGUUUGGGAUCGAUUCAACAUCUGAAGAGCAGGUUUGGCACUGGUUACACCCUUAUGAUCAAAGUUGCAGGCAGCGCUGCACCCAUUCCUCAGCAAACAGCAAACGGCUUCCAACAACCUCCACCGACCGCUACGUCCGUACCACCUCCAAUGGUUUUUAGCAAUCCUGCGGCUACCGGGGAAUUGCCGGAAGUUAAUGAACCGGAGAAGCCCAUCCCGGAAGGUUAUGCUAAUGGUACCCAAGCGGUCAUCAGCAGCAAAGAUAUACAACCUACGGUCCCCGUUCCUCCUCCCUAUCCUGCCAAUCCUGUUCAAAUGCAGCUCCCUCCCGGCCAGUCCAUGCCGUUGGUGUACGAUCCGGGAUUGAUAAACGCUGUGACAAAUGCUCAAAACUUUGUGAACCAAACUUUCUCUGGAGCAAGGCUUCUAGAGAGCCAUAACGGAGUACUGCACUUCCAGUUGGAAACUGAAGGAUUGAGUUGGUCGUAUAUCUUUGGCCAGCUGGAAAGAAAUAGAGCUGCUCUGAAUAUUGUGGACUACAGCGUCAGUCAGACCACACUAGAACAGGUUUUUAUCAACUUCGCCAAAGAGCAACACUCCGAAGAAAGAACAACGGUGAAGAAGAUGUGCGGAUGCUUUUAGUUUUUCAGGAGGACAUUGACAAGACUUAAAAUUAGUCCUGGAUUUUUUUGGUUUAGGUUCUGACGCUAUUACAGGAUUAGUAGUUAAUCGAAUUUUCGAUUCCGCUGUGAAUUUUUUUCUUUGUGGGUUUGAUGUCUUGGAAUCUAAAGUAUAGAAAUCGAAGACACAACCUUCGCUGAAAAACUUCAGUCCUACCAAAACAACUCUCAUCUCACCGGUAUAUCACUAAAGCUUAGAAAAGAAAGAUGAGAUAGCUUCAUCUGUCUUUAAGCUCUCCAGAUCUUUUUUGUAACUGUCUCUUCUAGCCCCAAUACAUCUAAUUGUAAAUUAAUAAGAGAAUUUAGUGUUUUAAGAAGAUAACACACUCUUGUCGAUAAAUUUGUUUCUUCUUAUCACCAUUUUGCUGAGUAAUGUAGAGUUGUUCGAAAGUGGAAUAUGCAUGUUUAUCACUUUGGAAUUUUAAGGAUCGAUUUUGGAAUGAUAUCUGCUCGAAUCUCUUUGCUGGGCAAAGUGUUUUUUAGAUUGCACUUUUUUUUGUUAUUGCACCAUU